GUAACAUUAUGUUUUAUAAUGCUAUACAUAUUUAUCCUUUGUUUUACAUAUCGAACAGAAUAUCAUUGCCAAGUUUUAGCGGGGUAUCUACGCAAUGAUAAAAUUUUGUCAUUGAAUCUACGUCUAACGAUUAACGUCACUUUGACAUUCUAAUGUCAACAAGAUAAAAGUUUAUUGUGAAAAUGGCGACUACCGGGGUUGGUUUUCGAUGGUUAGAUAUUUUAGAAAAGGAAUUCGACAAAGCUUGUGUGGAAUUAGAUACGUCUCUAUCGGAGCUGGAAACAGAAGAGCCAGAAGUGGUAUUCAGUGCUCGCCAGAAGAUUGCAACACUGAGCUCAUGUUUUGCUCAACUCACUCACAAGGCGCUGACUAUAUUUCAGAACAGUGCCAAACUAGAGGCAGAGCUCGUCGAUAUGCGUGCGGAUUUGGUGCAAGCGCGCGCAGCAUCGACUGGUGGGUGCCAGGAGAGUGGGGAGGUGACCGGCAGCGUGAUGGAAGGGCCACGGGCGCGCGCUGAGGCCGCGCAGCUCGCCAGAGAGAAUGCUGCAUUGCGGGAAACUGUACUUGCCUUGCACUCGGAACUUUUUGGUGCCAGAUUAGCAACAAAAUAUUUGGAUAAAGAACUAGCUGGCAGAAUACAACAGUUACAACUACUAGGAAGAGACAUGCGUUCAGAAGUUAGAGAUUCCUUGUGGGCUCAGGUAGAGGCGGAGAUCCUGUUGCAGCGGCACAAAACGCUGGUGCGCGUAUGUCGCGGGCUGUCGCCGUGCCCGCCGCGGCCGGCCGCGCCGGCGCAGGCCCGCGCGCGCCCUCGCACCGUGCGCGUGCGCAGAUCGCCACACCUUGGGCUCGGCAUCUCAGUUACUGGCGGUCGCGAGCACGGCGUGCCGAUCCUCAUCUCGGAGCUGGAGGCGGGCGGGCCGGCCGCGCUCACCGGCGAGCUCUACGUCGGCGACGCCAUCCUCGCCAUCAACGACCUCGACCUCACGCAGGCGUGUCACAAAGAAGCAGUGCAAGCUUUGCAGAGUGUCAAGGGCGAUUGUGCGCUUUGCGUGCAGUUCAUAGCGACCGACGAUGACGACCGCCUCUCGGAAGACAAUUACAGAUUUCCUCUGUAUCCUGAAGACGGCGAAGUAUUUGGAGCAGAACCAGACGGUUCAGGCGCCACACCGACCGCGCCGCGGACGCCUGAAUACAACAGACGCGAGUCGGAGGCGGGGUCGCGGUCCGGCUCGGUGUCCGGCUCGGAGCGCGGGCCGGCGGCCGCGCCCUACCGCGACUACAACGCGCUCAACAACAACCUCACCAUACUCGACAUGGACGACGACUCCAUCAAGAUCGAGGCGCAGCUAGAGUGGGGCGCGGCGGGCCCCGGCGGGGUGGCGGGCCCCGGCGGGGUGGCGGGCCCCGGCGCGCCGCACUCGCUGCACUCGCCGCACUCGACGCCCGUGCACGCGCGACACCACGCACUCAAGAAGCGCAAGCCACAGGAUUGGCGUACUAAAGGCGCAUAUCGUGCCGUGGAGGUGGAGGCGCCAUCGCCCGACGUGCCGGAGCGGCCCGCCGACGAUCCCGUCGUCUCAGACGGAGUUCCCAAUUCACCAGCCGCACCAAUACCUGGUCCGAUACAAGAUGACGUACCGCCAUUGAUAGAGAUUGAUACCAAAACGGCCAAACCUAAUGGCGAAACUAAAUCACUCAGAAGAGAAAGCAAAGGAUUUAGGAUAGGUUCAGCGCGGAGAGUGACCGCGGCGCCGCUGACGAACGGCGACGUGGAGCGCGGGUCGUUCCCGGCGCGGCUGCUGGCGGGCGACGGCGACCCCGACUUCGGCACGCCCGUGUGAGCGCCGCGCCACGGGGACCUACUCGGAAUUGCGUUUCUCUUUAUGGAUGUCCAAUGCGACUCGCGGCUCCUUGCACGUGUUAUGAAUGUGGCUAUAGUAUUUUUUACUUUAUUGCAAUUUGAAUGUCAAUAGUAAUAUAUUUAAAAAUAAUUUGCGCUAAAUUUCGGCUUUUCGAUAUGACUCGAGAGUGUUGGCCGACGUGCAAGACGUGGCGGUUCGACCUUGCGAUGCGUUAGCGUCUCGGCCUACCGAACCUAUGUUUUAGUAUAAUAUUACUGAACUGAAGUUAUUUCGAGUGCUUGUGUUUUUUGUUUGAUGAAGUUCUCUUUAAAAGAAUGUUAGAUUGUCGCGUAGUGAUGCGCCAUGGCAUGCUUUUGCGUGUCGAUGAUUCCAACGUUUAUUUAAGACUCGUAUAUUGAAUAGUAGCUAUAUUAUUGCUUUAUGCGAGUGGAAUUGUACUAGCACAGUAAAAUUUUUUUAAAUACUAAUUGCUCAUAUAGCCGAUAUUAUUAUUUAAAUAUUUAGUAUAUUAUAACAUUAGGAGAAAAUUUCGGGUGAAUACAGUAAAAAGUUCACGACGUCAUUGUAAAAUUUUUGAUGGAUAUUCUAAUUAACACCCACUCCUGAAAGCUCAUUAAAUCGUCACCGCAAACCGAAACUAAUCGGACAUCAAACGUUGUCAGUGUGCCAACGCUCGGCGCUAUUACACGAAAACUAAUGGCCGCAUGACGUGACACGGCUGCGAUAAGAAUGCGAGAUAUGCAAAAAUGCAAACUAAUAUACGCGACGCUGCCCUUCAAAUGAACUGCUUUGACGCACUAACACACUCUAUAGUUAUUUACCACUUUUGACAUUUGCCUAUCUCUAAAAUAUUUUUACUGCAAAAACACCAAUCAGAUAUAUUACAAUAACGUUCUGCGUAGCUAAACUGUACUGCAUGCUUGAUGUCAUAUGUGAUCUGCAUCGUAAAUAAGUAUCUGUAGUGUUCCAACCGGUAACUUUUUCGCAAAAAUAGUAAAAAAUGCGGGUGCAUUUGUUAUACCUUUGCCGUGGAGAUUAUAGGCCUACUAAAUUGUACGUCAAAAAUUAAAUAACGGUCGAAGUAUUUUCGCUAAGGCGCUUUUAACUUUUUUAUAUUAGUUAAAGUAAUAAAAGAUAUUGUUGAAUGGGCCUAACUAGAAGCUGGACAUUAGAUAUAAUAAACAAAAGCUGCAGGAAGACUCUUAAAAUAUUUAUUAAUUAAUUAAUGAUGUGUAUAAUUAUAAUUUGGCCAGAACUGUUAUAGUUUAUGAAUAACAAAGCUCGUGUCAGGCCCAGUUGGUGGACAUCAAUAAACAAUUCAAAUCUUAAGUUAAAUGUUUAUAAUCUAUACUAAUAUAUUAUAAAGCUAAAGACUUAGUUUGUUUCUUUAUUUGAACGCAGUAAUCUCAAUGAAUAUUCGUGUUGAAUAGCCCAUUUAUUGGGAAAGGCUAUAUAACAUCACGCUAUAACUAAUAGGAGCGGAGCAUAAAUUAAAAAUUAUGCAAAAACUGGAAAAAAUAAAUUACUUUUGAGCAGGAGCUCCGUUGAAUGCACUGCGUAAACGGUUAAAGUUAGGCAACAAACAAUCAUGUAUGCAGUAUGACUGAAUUGUUCCAUUUCAAAAUUUCUAAAAAAUAAAACAAAGUCCCGUGCCGCAUCUGUCUGCAACCUGUCUAAACGGGAUAAACUCAAACUGCCCAAUAAAUUUCGAUAAAAUUUGGUAUGGAGAGAGUCUCUGGAAAUUAUAUAGGCUACUUUCUAUCCUGGGAAAAUAUCAGCCCCGGAUCUUGAUUUUUUUCGAGGCGGGGCAAAAUCUGGAAAAUGCCGCCCCCACCCACCUAUAUUUUUACCUUUGUUACCUUCAUCAUCAUUUUGCGUCCCGCGGAAAAUAAUUUUAGUAUUGAAUGUACUGGAUGUCUCAGUAGUCAUAGUUGCAUUAAUGAUGAGUUAUAUACAUAACUCAUAAUUAAACAUCAAAUUCAAACUUGGCAAACGAAUACUCGUUUGCCAAGUUUGAAUUUGCCGCCCUCUGAAUUCGCCGCCCGGGGCAUGGGCCCCGGCUAGCCCCCCCUUAGAUCCGGGGCUGGAAAAUAUAUAGCGUGACUUUUAUUACGGAAAAUUCUUUCACGCAGGCGAAGCCGCAAGUAAAAACUAGUUUUAGUUAUAAAUGUAAUAAUAUUUUUUUUAAGCAUUAUUAAAAGUCUGCUAGAAGUAUUUGAUAUUUUAUGGAUUUAUUCAAGAAUUCAAAAGAUCGUUUCAUAAUGGCGGAAAUUCAAAGCAGACGUGAUAACCUAAAAAUAAAUAUCACAAAUAUAUAAAUAAAUAAUCAAUCACACCAAAUUCUAUAAUAGCAAUUUUGUUUUCGUAUCAGCUAGCAUUUAAUACAUUUUUGUUUGUUUUUCUUUAUAAUUUUUCAGUGAGGUUAUAAUUUUUUUUUGUUUUUAUUAAAUUGGUUUAGCGGUAUUUGAACAAACAAAAACACAGUAUGUUUUUUAAUGUUCGCUUCUGUACCUCAGCCUGUAUGAACAAUGGACAUUGCUCUUUGCAAAGUCACUUCUUAAGUGAUAGAAGAUCUCAUUACCCAAGUGUGUUUUCGUAUGACUUAUGUAUAAAUUGUGUUUUGUAUAUUUUACUUUUAUUUUAAUUAUACAUAUUAUAUUCUUUAACGUGCGUUGGCAGACAAAAUGUAAAUACAUAAAUGAAUAAAUAAAUGGUUCUAGAAUUUAUACACGACUAUAAGUUAAACUACUCCUUUUAUUAAAAAUAAAGUGUUUUGUUUUAUAAAGAUAUUAAUGUUAUGGUUAUUUUUAUAUUAUGUUUACUUAAAGAUGACAUUUGUUGAAGCUUCCUUUGGGACUUAUUCCUUUAUCUUUCAUUCUAAUUUAUAUAAUAGUCUUAUUAAGAACACCGAUACAAUAAUAUGUUUGCUGUGUAAUAUUUACUGUAAGUCACUUCUAUACAUUCCUCUUUUAUUUCUCCAUUUAUAUAAGAAUUCCAAUUGUAUUGUUUUAUUUUUUUAUUAGUUUAUCUACGAGGUUAUCAUAUAUUUUAUUGGACAAACCAUUUUUAUCAUCUCAAACAUAUUGUCAAAUUGUAUUAUAACUAUGAGACUGCUUCGGUAGCGUAAUUACAUGGCUUGCGCGGUAAUAAAGAGCUCUGAGGUCCUGGGUUCGAAUCCCGGGUCGGGAAAUAUUUGGGAUUUUCCUCUCAAUAUCAGCCCAAAGUAUCGAUUCUGUGGAUGUGUUAGGCUUGUCCCUUAUCGAAAUGUGUGUUUUGUUGGAGUUAUUUUAUAGACCAUAGUCAUGUUAUAAGAACCCUAUUAAUAUUACAUUAAUUAGGUCAUAUGUCUAUUAUAAUACAUACAAUACAUGUGUAUUAUUUCUUGUACAAUGUGUUUGUUUUCAUCAGCUUCUGGACUGCAUAAGACGCACACAGUUUCUGGCAAUUGAAAAACUUAUUUUGGAAACAUAACAACGUAGUAUUUACAUGAUAGCAUUUGCUCAAUUUACUUUGUCAACAGUCGUGAAUAAUAGUUCACAGUAAAUUUCAUUGAAGGAUUUUUUAUAGAUUCUUCAUCUUUGAAGACAUCUCUUGCGUGAAUUGUUAAUAAUUUAAAUACAGAUUUAUUAAUAGUUUAUUUCUUUUAAUAAUAAAUAUGAAUACAAUGUAAUCCUAGAAUGAAAGAUUAAGUUCGCAUUUUCGGCUUACGCGGCACCGUGCCAUCACUAUAAUAUUAGUUCGCUGGUGAUAUUUUUAACAGCCGGCAAACAUAGUUGUCAUAAUUUUUACAAUAUACUUAUAAGAAAGAUGAGACAGAUAGAUGUAUCCGCCCUAAACAGAACCAAAUCGUACGUGAAAUUAACGUCGUAGCGCAACCUCUAUGAAGUGUCGCUGGGAGUGUAUAUUUCUAGUGUAAUAAUAAUACAUAUCACUAUGGCUUACGGCCAUUAUCGUAGACUAACAACUGUCUAGCAAUCUGGAUAUUUGCCAAUAAUAUUUCCACGCAUCAAACACUCUCACAUUAUGUUCAUUAGUAUAUCUAUAUAAAUAGAAACAAACAAACUGUACUGUUUACGUUGUAUAAAUCGUCUGAAAAAGUAUUCCUUCAAAUGAACUCUGUAUGUCUCAUUCCUAUUUAAAUUAAUCUGUUUAGCUUGACUGCAGAAACAGAUAUGGCAGUGGUCGCUGCUUACUAUUCGUUACCGAAAUGGGCACUCAUAAUUGUGUGGCGUAUGAUGUGUGCUUGAGUUAGAAAUUAAACCAGCGAGUCUUAACUGACAACUGUGUUUAUUAAUUAAACGCACUUACAUUUAUACCUUACCAAUAUAUGACGUGUGUAUUUAAUACAUAUUAUGUCCCCACAAUCGGAACACGUACAAUCUAGUAAAACUGAAAUGUAUUUGAAUUUAUUUCCACCAUAAUAUUUAGUAUUAAAAUCAGUACGUACGGGUUUCGAAAUGAGAGGGAUGUACCGGGCAGGCUCCCAGAGCGCCGUUACUAGACAGGACUCCACAGACUCGAGAGCUGGUUGCAUUUACACUGGCUUGAACAUCAUUCUAUCAUUAUCGACAUUCGAUAGCUUUUACCACCAAGAAUACUGUUGUGAUCUACAGAAAAAAAUCCUUAUGCGCGGGAAACCGAGUGGCUAAGGCCGACCCGGCAUAUAAUAAGCAUUGUACCUUAAAAAAAUUUGUAUGGACGAUUUAAAAAAAAUAAUGAUGACUUCAUUACAUUAUUUGUUUUAACAUUAGUCACAUAAUUUUAGAAUUACGUAGUAGAGUUGCAGUUAUUGCUUAUCGCAAACUGUGUAAUUAGUAUAACCUUAGAAAAAAUCUGUUUACAAGAAUAUACCUUAACAUAUUUUUAUUUCAUUAGAUUUUACGUUUUUAUUAAAAUGGCGCGUUGCAAUUUUUAACUUUAUUAUACCUGCGGACCUAAUUUUAUAUUGUAAUCAAUUGUGUAAUUUAUAAAACGUAUUAUUUAUAAUAACAUGAAGGACAUAUAAUUGUCGAUUACAUUAAUGCGUAAAAAUCACGAGAACUUAUAUAUAAUUAUUUUAAGUAUUAUGAUAUGCAGGCCGCGAAGUGCGUACAUUCCACUUUUUCCCUCUAUAGGUUGCUGCGGUAGUGCGUUUUCAUUUUCGUAUUUACAAGACAAUACUGCUAUGAUUGUAUAAAUGAAUGUAUUAAAAUUAUUUAUAAAGAA